AUGGCGACAGUCAAAGAACACGUGAGGGAGCGAGGGUGCCUCCGCAGCCGGCGCUCUCGUUUUAUUGCGGCCGCCCUCGUCUUUGUCGCGAUCCUCGCAAUCGUCCUUCCCACGUCAAUUAUAGUAACCCGGCGCAAGGAUCAUAAUAAUAUGGGCCCAAAAGCAAAGGUCUUUGUACCUCUCUAUGUGUACCCCGCUCCGGGUGCGUGGGAUCCGCUGGUGAAUGUACAUGAGCCCUUAGAAAUUCCGGAACCCCCAUGCGAGCGCCAUCAGCCGCCUGCAAAAGCCACCACCGUGGGACAGAGGGCGCCUGUGAUUUACCGGAAGCUGCAGCUAAACGCCGGGUCUAGGAUCACUGAGCACCCGGACGUCAACUUCACUGUGGUUGUGAACCCUGGCAGCGGGCCGGGGCCGAACCCUUUGCCUGAUGCGAACUAUACACAGGAGAUUCCCAGGCUGACGGCGCACGACAAUGUCCGUGUGCUCGGCUAUGUCGCCACGACCUACGCGAAGCGCAACAUUUCGGCGGUGCGCCGCGACAUCGAGACGUACGCUAACUGGCCGACGCUCAGCGGCAAUUCCAGCCUUGCCGUUCGGGGAAUAUUCUUCGAUGAAACACCGCAGCAGUACAACGAGACCGACUUUGCAUACCUGGACAAUCUCACCGCGGUGGUGAGAAACACCCCUGGGUUGGGGCCCGACAAUUUCGUUUUCCACAACCCCGGGGUCGUGCCAGACUCUCGCUACCUGUCGACAGCUGACUCGACUGUCGUCUUCGAGGCAACAUAUGACACCUACUUGGAGCGCAACGGGGCCAGACUGUUUGAGGCGAUCCCCGACAGUGACCGGAGCCAGCUCUGCGCCGUGAUCCACUCGCUUCCAGACAACGUGGAAGGGUCCGACCUGCGAGAAUUUGUCAAGCAGGUGCGGCGGAUCGCGGACGAGAUUUUCAUUACGCAUCUCAGCACGAACUACUACGCCAGCUUUGGGAACAAGUGGGACGACUUUGUGAGCUUGAUGGCUCAGUAG